CGGUGCAGCUAAAAAGAACAGACCUUUUGUCAAACUGCACUCCCACAACCGAUGCUGAUCGGUCGAACGAGCUGACGAGCAUCUCGGGGUACUGAAUCGGUCACGAUCAGAUGGUGCUCCGUCAGCGAGACCGUUGGUCGUCGAACCGUGUUUGGAAGCCGACGAGAGCGAGAGGAUGGAAUACACUUGAGCACGUUGCGGAGUGAUACCUGGCUGCAAUUUAGAAUUAAUUUUAGGAAUUUUCCCGUCAAACGAUAACUCCGAACCGCAGCAAACAUGCACGACGCUUACGAGGAAACGUCUAUAUUGAAUAUCACCGUGCAGAUCGAGUCUAUGGCUGCUUACGAUGACAACCUAUUAAUUGGCACGAGAGAGGGUCAUCUUCUCAUGUACAAUGUUCCCACGGUGUAUGAUGACAGUCACAAGCUAGAAUUGUUACGUCACAGUAAGAACUUCAACAAGAAACGGAUCAAUCAGAUCGACGUCGUGCCGCAAUACAACCUGCUGAUUAUCUUGACAGAUAAUAUUGUAUGCGUUCACGAUUUGAACUCACCAAACUUUCAACAAAUAUGCCAACUCACCAAGACUCGUGGCGCUACUCUGUUUACCCUGGAUGUCCAGUCGACUGAGAGCUUAACGGGCGAGAAGAAUACGGUGGUGCGUUUGUGCGUCGCCGUCAAGCGUAAACUGCAGCUGUAUUACUGGAAGGGAAAGAAGUUCGAGGAGUUCAAGGACUUUGAACUGACUGUACCGGACAUUCCUCGUCAAUUGUCAUGGUGCGGCGAGACAUUGAUACUGGGAUUUCGUGGAUUAUCUUAUACCAUCUUCGAUCUUAAUGGUAAAGCCAAGGAGCUCUUUCCUACCGGCAAGUCUCCAGAACCGAACAUUACCAAGCUGUCGGACAGCACUUUUGUCUUGGGAAAAGACUCGCAAUCGUUCAUCAUGGACACGAAAGGCGAGCUGGUUCAGCAUAAUCCAGUGAAAUGGUCCGAUACACCCAAUGCGAUAGCGUGGGAUGAUCCUUACCUGCUUGGCAUUGUGCACGAUAGAUUGGAAGUCUACACGCUGGAAGGAUUCGAAGGGAGUCUGCAUGUUCAAACAAUAAAGGAUCUGAACAAAGCUAGAUUGAUAUAUCGUUGCAAGCAGGGGAGGGUUUUCGUGGCGUCUAUGAGCCAGAUUUGGUGUGUCAAGGCGAUUGACGUUACUUUGCAAAUUAGGACUCUGCUGGAGCAGAACCAGUUUCAGUUGGCGCUAAAUUUAAUUAAUUUGGCAGACAUAACGGACGAGGAGAAAACCAGGCAGACGUACAAGAUACAAACGCUGUAUGCGCAUCAUUUGUUCUACACUAAGCGGUUCCAAGAGGCGAUGGAAUUGUUCCUGAAACUAGGCACCGAUCCGUAUGAGGUGAUCAGGCUCUUCCCGGAUCUGGUUACGCCGUCGACCUACGGUAACGAGCAAAGCGAACCGGCACCCAGUCAGCAGAAGUUGCAGGAUCUUGAUCUGGAGAAAGGCUUACGGGCAUUGAUCGUUUUCCUAACCGAGAUUAGACAUACACUAAUGGCGAAAGACAAGGAAGAAAAGAAGAAGGACAAGAAUGGAGCAAACGGAGAGAAGAAUAUAACUGUCGUCGCCACGGAGCAGCUUUUAAAAAUUAUAGACACAACUCUCUUGAAGUGCUACUUGCAGACGACUGAUGCAUUGGUGGCGCCGUUACUCAGACUGAAUCAUUGUCACUUGGCGGAAGCCGAGAAGACUCUGCUGAUGCAUCAGAAGUAUCCAGAACUCAUCAUACUGUACCAGACCAAGGGGCAGCACAAAAAGGCACUGGAGCUGCUGGAGAAACACGCUAAGGAGAAUGAUUCCAGCCUGAAGGGCACCGAGCGCACGAUACAGUACUUGCAGCACCUCGGCAAGGAUCACAUGGAUCUGAUACUCAAGUUCGCCGGCUGGGUUCUAACGGAGGAUCCCGAGCAGGGCCUUAGGAUAUUCAUGGAGGAUAUACAGGAGGUCGAACAGUUGCCCAGACCAAAGAUAUUGGAUUAUCUCCUACGUCUCCACAAGGACCUGGUCGUGCAAUAUUUGGAGCACGUAGUUCACGUCUGGGAGGAUACGAAUCCGCUGUUCCACAAUGUCCUGAUACAUCAGUAUAAGGAGAGGUGUCUCGCAUCGAUGAACGCAAGCGCGACACCGGCGGAGAAGGAGACCUCGCAGCACGUCCGGCAGAAGUUGCAGCAAUUCCUGGAGAAGUCAGCGUACUACACGCCGGAGACGAUACUAGUGCACUUCCCGUUCAACAAUUUGUUCGAGGAACGUGCCAUCAUCCUCGGACGACUCGGUCGCCAUAAUCAGGCCAUCUCGAUAUACGUCAACCUUUUAAACGACAUACCGCGCGCGAUACAGUACUGUCAGAAUGUCUACACGAGGUACCACAAUCAAGAUCGUGCGGAGAGACAGAAGCAAACGGAUAACGCGGACGAAGUGUAUGUCCUGCUGAUUCAGCAAUUAUUGAAACCCGAUAACGAGGGACUUCUAAUGGCUGGCUGUAGCAUGGAAAACCAAAGAGCGCCGCAGCCAGAUUUGGAAAUGGGCUUGCGGUUACUGGAGGAGCAUGCCUCAAAGAUAAGUCCUAUGAAGGCACUGGAGAUUUUGCCAGAUUCGGUUCCUAUAGGUAGGAUAAAGCAUUUCUUAGAGGUCAGUCUGCAGAAUAACUUGAACGCGAAGCGGCGAACGCAAGUGCUCAAAGGUCUGCUUUACGCGGAGCACUUGCAGGUGCAAGAACAACGAAUGCACUAUGAGUCACAGAACGUUCUGAUGACGGAGUUCAACAUAUGUCCAGUUUGCAAGAAGCGCUUUGGUAAUCAAAGCGCCUUCGCGAGAUAUCCCAAUGGUGAUAUAGUGCAUUAUUCUUGUCAAGAUCGCAAAGCAUAAAAAAAUAAAGAGAGAGGGAGUAAGACGAAACAGAGAAAAAGAAAAUAACAAUUAUACCGAUAUACCGAUUCUAUACGAAGAUAUAUAUUAAAUUUUAUACAUAUACAAAUUUUAUAGAAAUUCUGAUAUCACUAUUAUUGCAUAAAAUUGAAGAAUAAUUUACUUACGAGAUCGCUUCUCGUAAGAAAUCUUAUAACAUCAAACGCUGCAGUUUAUUUCAUUCAUAUUGUGCGUUUCUUGUAAGAUACGUGUAAAUAGCUAUUAUCGAUUGCAGAGUAUAAUAAAGAUCAAGAACGAAA